AUGCAAUCCAGGUAACCCAUAGGCUUCUUUUGAACCCCGGAUCUAUUUCUUUCUCACAAUGGCGGAAGGUCUGUGUGUAUCUUCAUCUUCUAAUUAAACAAUACAUGUUCUUUUUGCCAGAGGUCUAAUGAAUGGAAGGCAUACCAUCGCAUCAAAUGGAUUUCAGGAAACCGAUCCAGUUAUACCAGCCGAUAAGAUGUGCACCUGUAACUGCACUUGCAGACGACGCAAGAAUCAUCGAAGACCGCCAGGACUGACAUCUUCGAAGCCUUUUUCCCUGACUGCUGAAGAUAUCCAAGGUCCACCGCCCAAGGAGUUCGGUGUUCGCCCAAUGGGUGGCCAGAAGUAUGAAAACGACGAUGGAGUUGACCAAGUUAACUAUCAACCUCUCGAAAAUGUGAGUCACUGAGAGCCGCGGUUGAAUACAUAACUAGGCAGGCCUGAAAGGGACAUGUUUUUGAAAAGUACGCUAUCACAGCUUAAAUGAAACAACUUCAAUUGAUACUUGAAGCCACAAAUAUCAUACUUUCCUCUACAGUAGUCAUUUGUUAAGCAAGAUCUGUAAAAACCGCAACUUCAAUAGACGCAGAUCCGUUGUAUUUAGGAUACUGAUCCGUGUGUCUCGAGGUAAACUAUGAUUUUUUGGAUCUACUAGCGCAAUGCCAAAAGGCUUACUUUCGUGUGUAUUUUUUUCCUUCGUACUGGUAAUUAACACCUUUAUGAACUGAGGAAUUACGUUUUCAUAGUAUAAUAUAAAAAGUGACGAAUAGCAGGUGAACACGAGCAGCAGAUCUUAAUCCAAUUUCUAACGACUGCAACGCGUCCUUAAAACUAGGCACGAAUAAUAUGAUUCUGCUUAACAAACACCAAAGGGGAUGUUCUUUAGACAAAAUGUGCGCAUCAAUGUUGGUCUUUCAAUUCAGCAAGCCGCUGUAAACAAACAUUCCUGGAAAAGACUUACACAGCAUAGGCAACAUUUUUGAGACGCUGAGCGAAGGUUAUUUGUCCAAAAUUAAUUCAAAAUGAAGGGAGGUAAAAUGUGUUGAACGGAAAACAUGUAACACUUGACUGUAAAUGCUGCUUUUAAUUUCCUUAGAAAAUGACUGCGAACUUGGAGUAGAUCAGUGUACUAAAAAGAUUGAACCGUGUAAUAUUAAUAAGCUGCCGACAGACAGCUAGUAAUAUACUUUAGGGUUGGUUGAUACCAUAAUAACAACGCAGAGAGUAGCCAAAAGCUCACACACGUGUGUUUCGUCGAUAUUCUAAAGCAGCAUGACCCAGCAGCGAUAAGUUCGGCUCGUCAGUUGGUCACCCAGCAUUCCCUGUCUGCAAUCUGGUAAAUACUCCAAUUAAGAAAUUGUUGCUUUCUAACUUCCGUAGAAAUUAACCGCGAACUUGGAGAGGAUUAGUAAACUUAAGGUCUAUAGAAGUGGAAGACAAAUUUAAAAUGUGUCUGCCGCUAUGUAGUUUAAUAGUUCUCGGAAUGUCCUUGCCCCUUUCCAUUCUCUAUUUUCAUUUAUGUUGAAUGUCUUUCAAACAGAAUGCAACUGCGUCGGCAGAACAACAGGAGGAGGACGAAACACGUCGAAGAGCGGAAAACAUUCUGACAGCCCUCUCCGAACUCUCGCAACUGCGGUUCCGGGGUCAGGAACUGUCAAGACUUAUUGAAAGUCUGCAGGUAAUACAACGGUAUUUUUUUGAGAAGGUACUAUGACACAUUGCGGUAAACAAAAUAUGCCAUGUUUGAUUUAUUCGGACAAAAUGAUCACGCUGUAUGAGGACGGGAGAGAGACAUCGCCUCAUCAAGCAGACGUAAUGAGACCACUCACCUACAGGCAUUUCAAUUAUAGGACAGGAUUUAAGCGGUAAACAGACUUUCGCAAAUAUGGAAAAGUAGCGAGGUUUAUUUUGCGAUACUCUGAGAGCAAUUGUCCGUUAAACAGCCGGAUAUAUGUUUCACCGCACUUCGCCAGCAUUGUCGAGACAGCUGUUCCUUCUUUGUAUCUGCCAUAUGCUGUUGUACAUUGAACAACUCACAAUUCACAGGGUGAUUUCAAGUAAGCAGGUCGUAUAAAGAAGAUACCUUGUAGAGGAUAAGCGUUUAACAAUAUGGUUACUUCAUAUUUUAUUGUAAAGAAAGAGAACGGUUUCACGACGUACUCGUCUGCUAAUCACUGUCGUUCGGGAAUACGAACCUUAAUGUACAGAGAACCUCCCCAUCGUGAAGAGACAUGUCUACAUUUCUACAGGCCAUCGGCAUCAUUAUACCUAGCAAAAUUGACCUCGAAGAUACUCGGUUGUGAAUCAGAUUUGGAAAAACAUUAAUUUAGAUUCCUGAAACAUCAAGCAGACCACUGCUAAAUUGCCUCUUCUAAUGCGCAGUGUGCUUUAAGGCGAUUUUCUGGUCUUACAAAAAGUCGUUCUUCCAUACAUAACAAGUACUAAGAAUUCGCAGGUGAACUUAGAUCUAAACAGAGUGGUUUUUAGACUGGUGGAAAACUAGAAGGAAUUGCUGAACUAAAAGUACAUACAGAUCUCUGAUCGUAAAAUUGAGUUCUUCAAGUAGCUUGCGGCUACUUUAUCGGUGUAACUGUGUGAGUUUUCUUGGUCGGCAUUUCUGCAAAUAGUGGUUAAUGUGCUCAAUUACCCGUCUUAUUCGGCAUAAGCGCGACUGUGACGAUCCCACUGUUUGACUUAUUUUGACGAUUUUAAAGCUAAGAGUGCCUAACUGUUAACCAAAUGCCGCGUCUGACGACUAUAUCUCUAGAAUAUGCGGCCCAUCUGCUUACUUCUUAAGUCUACUGUCAACAUACUCUCGACAUCUAAAAGGCGAUUUUAUUAUAAAUGUUUGCGUUAUGUCACAUACGUUUCCGACUUCUGCCUAUGUAGCAUUCAUCGGGUUUGCUAAAAGCCCUUCAGUCACUGCCGUUUUAUUGCAUCUCUUAGUAUAAGAUAGGAAUGUUCAUUGUAAGAUGCCGCAACGAUAAAUCUUACUAUAUUUUCGAAAAGAAAGUCGAAGUUACAACUUCUGACUCGUUUAGUUAUUAGCAACUAAUCACACACCCAUGACAGUGUCGAGGUAGCUUCAUAUUCAAAUGACUUUAAAUGCUCCUGACGGAGAUUGCCAGGAGAUAAACUAUGCUUCUAUUGAUAGAUUCUUGAUUAGAGGCCCGACAGCUAUGUGAUCAAGAUUAGCAUAUGACUUGUUAAAGAUAAUCACAUAGGUCACAAGCUAUUAUCCAAGUUUUUGUAUCCCACGGGCAUUUCUUUUGCAGCACUGGUUUCUUUAUUCUGCCUGGACAUCUGCGAGCAUUUUAUGAGGGAAUAAGCUUGAUCCUCCGGCACCUUCUUCAUACAACUGCCCACGUUUGGAUCGAUUAAUUGGCUGCUGUAUCCUUUGAACGUAGAAAUAAUCUACAAGCCAUGAGGAAAUACACCCUGCCAUUGAGUACAUUCUGGAAAAUUUACCUGCGCCAUUAACGGACAUGGCUACGUAGGCAAGGCCGAUUAGUGUCUUUAAACCGGCAAUAAUUGUCUACCGAAAAGGACAUAUCGACGGCAUUAUAGUCUGUUGUACGAGUUAAGCAGAAAACUGCGUCCUGUGUGCUGGCACUGCAUCCGGCGAAUUGAUCCUUUUGUACCGAACGACUGACGCAAUACACUAAUACUCAUAUAGACCUCCAAGUACUAGCCUAUAACAUGGUACGACUGAUAACCUUCACGUGAUCCGCGUUUGCAUUGGGCUGCCAUUCAGCCAAAAACCCCGACGAUGCAGCGAAAAAGAGUCAGGUAACAAUGUGUUACACAUGCAGCCGUUCUAGAAUGAGGACGGUGUCGGUCGAUGGGGUUAUCAAGUUAAAAUACCAGAAUGGAUUGUCUGAUCAUACGAGGUGGUAAACUUCAUGCUACCCGCGAUCUACACAGCAAUUUUCAUCCUGAAUGCGCAUGCUAAAAGUGAAUAAAAACGUAGGAGUUUCGAAUUGUCAUGUAUAGUAAAGUGCUCAGUGCGGCACUUACAAGAUGCGUGUUUCUCACGGAACUUGGUUAUCUUGUCAGACCGCUUUUAAAAGUGACGACAUGGUCACAAGAUUUUCAAAAACUGUAGGUAAAGUUAGGGUGUGUUGCUCCCUUGGGCAGUUUUUCAAAAAUGUGUAUUCUAAUCUCGGCAGAUCUGGUUCGGUCCAAAGGCAAAACGGGUCGAGUGAGUCCCGUAGUGCGGUCGGCAAGCGCCCCUUACCAUUGUACAUACCCGAUCGCAACCAACAGUAUAACGAGCUCAUGGCUCAGUGGCCAGUACGCUGGACUUCUAACCAACAGGUCGCCGAAUAAAGCCCCAGAAAUUGUAAACCCCGGGGUUACGUAUGCCUGGAUGACGACAACGAAUAAAUUGCAAAUGGCAAUUCCAGUCCCCACUAGCUUUUUUGGCAAGGCUGCUCUGCGGUUUAAAAUGAUUCGUCUGACAAAUUCGUCAAUAAGUCACUCGUUACGCGGAGGUUGAUUUUAACUAGCGUUAUUGACGUCAAAGUUGUCCGGAUCGGGAUCAGGAAUACGGUUGGAUUUGGGGUAAGAUUAAGGAGCUGAGUUAUUCCUACGGCCGAGGCUGUCAAGCCUGGUAUAUAGUCUGCAUUUGCGGUUGAGGCUAGAGCUGGGAUUUAGAAAUGGGGUUUAAGGCUUUGGACUAGCGAUAAACGGACCCAGGGUUUGGAUUGCGCUUAGGAUUGGGUUUUCGCUAAAUGCUUAUGGGUUGAGGGUCAUGGUUGUCGUCAGGGUGUUAGUUAACCACGGUUUUCCCAGGAGUUUACCUACUGCACUCCUGCCCACUGUUGCAAUUGUUCUUUUUAAGGAAUCAAAGAUUAACCUGCAAGAAAGACUCUCUUCGAGCUUUCAGAAAACAGCCAAAUUCCAAAUUGCCGGCGCCUACCGACAGCAGCCAUUGCAGUUUCACCAGCUGGAUUCAACACGAACUCAACGGUCCGAAAUGUCACCGACAGCACCACCGACAUCUCCUUCCGCGGCAUCAGCGUCCGGCAAACAGCCAACCUAUUCGCCACGUCUCCAAAACGCGAUCAGACAGCCGGCAGGAAUCUGUCCUGCCACUGGAAGCCUCAAACCCGAGUCCCCGGUGCCAGGCCUUAUGGAGUCGCCGAGACUGCCUAAUUUCGGCUCAGUGAGUAUCCGCGAGCGCAAGGCGAGUCUAUCGGAGAAGCGACAAAAUCUCAUUUCUGACGCCUUUAUUGGUCGCAUUCGGGAACGUAUUCGUGAGCGACGGCAACAUCAGGGCAAGGAUCAGUGCCCAGAUGUUGAGAUGACGGCUGGGCGGUCAGUCAUGCAAACACUGCACGCAAGUCCACGAGCCACGGACCUGGUGCAGGACGCUUUGAUCUCCGCGCCGCAGGGAGAUAAGGGCUUGCCCUACCAUCGACGAUUUUCUUUGGUGGGAAACAACCCUCAGGCUGUAAGCAACACUGAUGUAUAUACAUAUGUGUGUGCAUUUGUCCCGUACUGUGUCCCCUUGUUUUUACUUCGCCGCUAAUAUGUCUAUUAUAGCCUUUUGUCAGUUAAUUGCAGAUCUCUGAGCCGUUGUUCAUGUGAGGACUUAAUAAUAUAAUUUUUAAUUUUAAGAUUUUUCUCAAAGCACACGUUUGUGUAGUAAUAAGUAAUGUUUUCAACAGUGCAUAUUAAGCAGCAUUUUUUAUACAUGAAGCUAACAGCUGAUGACGCUUUGAGUGGGUUUUGCCCGAAACUAAAUAACCGACGCCUAGACUGUUUGGGAUUUUACUAACUUCCAUUUUGAUUAAAAUAUCAACGUAGAAAAAACUUUUACGAUAAGAAAGCAGAAUUAAACACAAUUAGGUAAAAAAUUACCAAAACAGACCUCUCCAAAAGCCCUUUUGCGACCAUACAGUAAAUGUUCAACAGAAAAACAGCACUUUAUACCAACACUAUUUUUAAACGUUAACGCCGUGCGAUAAUGUGCACCUGUUCUAGGCCAAAACCGGCAGCGAAAAUAGAUCUCUGUACGCCACUGCUCUGUUUUUCAGAACACUACCGAUCGUACCUGACACAUUGGAAGGGGGGGGGGGAAAGGGAGGGGGCAAGCGUUGCUCACAGGGGAAAAUUCUCUUUUUAAUUUGGAUUUGAGUUAUGGCACUGCCAGUGGACAUCAACUUAGAAAUAGCCAGUUUAACCUCUCUGCUGUUUGCCAACCAUGAUUCUCGGCAAUUAAAAAUAUUUACGGAUAGAGUUUUGAAGAUCGUACGGCAUGGAGCCAUUUGAUCGCCUGUAGCGUAUCCUGGACAAAUAUGAUAUUCGCAACAUAGUUGUUACUAGUCGUGUCUCGUUUAACUUUGCAAAAUUAAUGUUCUGCUCACGCGAUGGGAGGGGCGGACUCUGUUAUUCAGCCUUGCUCUCGUUCGAGAAAAGUCCUACACAAGUUAAGGGUAGAGUUAAAUUUUUUCCUCUUAUUUCGCCCAAUCAUUUGAGGAUAUGGUGGUUGGCGUGCACUGCAGCAGAUCAAAUCCUGCGUGUUAAACAUUUACGGAAGACAGUGAAUGUUAGCUAAAAAUGCUUCGCCUCUACUGACUUUCCCUUCCCGUCAAUCGCAGCCCAACUCGGAAGUCUCCUCGAAGUUUACAACAGAAACUUGCGACAGUGUUUCAAGCUCGAUAAAGUAUUUGGUUAAUAAGAAUAGAUAAGCUAUGUGAUAGAAAUUGUGCAGCAUAUAUGAUUUGGUACAGGGUGUUUUCAAAGCAGUAUAUUUAUCUAAAUAUUAUUAUGCCGUAUCGUAGUACUGAUAUUAGUGUAGCAAAACUGAACGGCUUCACGAGGUUGGCUAUCGAAUGCGCGUUUUUCUAACCACCUCAAUAAUCAUUUGCGGUUAAAAACGAAUAGUUGUAAAGCAUGAGUUUCGCAUUACUUUUGGUGCCAUUACAAAUUUGACUAUACUUGAGAGAAAGUAAGCACAAAAUAUCAUGCAUGACUGUCCUGCAAGUCUUGGGUUAUCAAAAGGGCAUAUUUUAUUUUAAAAGGUUUGCCAUUACGAUAUUUGUAAGAUAAUCUAUUACGAAAGCAUUACGUUUUGCACAGCUUGAUGUUAACAUUGAAACACAUAACAUGAUUAUAUCGGCAUUAAAGUUUAUGGGGAUAAGAUGACAACUGUUUAACAGAAUAGAGGUAUAUGCAAGUUUUUUAAUGGAAAAUGUACGGCUCGUUACCCGAAAACACUAGACAUUGGUGCACCCUAUAGGUGAAAUUCAAAAUUAUCCGAAACUUUAUAGAGAAUUGGCGAAGUUUGUUCCUGCAACCCAAUUUGAUUGAUGUCAUGUAGUUAGCUAACUAAAACAAAUUUAGUGGGUGUGAUUACGCUAAUUUUAACUGUACCACGUGUUUUCGCCUUAUUUACUACUUUACUCCAGAAAUUGACUAUGUCUGGGAAGGUCUCAUAUGCAAGCCAAGGUUACAUCAAUUAUCAGUCUAUGCGCUUGCUUCAAGACCCGCUUGCGCCCUUUUUAUUUUCUUUGUCCAGCGAGCGGCUAAGUAGACUUGCUAGGAUUAUUGAUCGGACAGUGUGAAACUCCGCCAGUUCCACCACAGUGGCCAUGCACUGCGAACUGACACGCGGUCCCCUCCGUAGCUUUAAAGGUAUGAUUACGCCUUUUCUAUCUUCUUAAUCCAGCGAGUGGCUGUGCCGAGGGAAAAGUGUGUACACUCCACCAAGCAUCGGUUCACACGCACCUCUGCGCGUGUUUCCAGCUCUGUUUGCGCUUUCUUAUGCUUCCUUAUCCAGCGAGUGACUAAGUCACACAUGUUAGUUAAAACCGUUUUAGUUAGCUAGCCAUAUAACAACAAUCGAAUGGGGCUGUAGGAACAAAUAUCGCCAACAUUUUAAAAAUGCAAAAAACCCCUUCCUUAGUAAAGUUUAAACCAGGAGCAAUUUGCAGCGAGAUGUUAGGAAAAAGAACACUGCACAUGUUUCCUGCAGCAUAUGUUUUCAUUUAUUAGAGUUUCGGCUCAAAUACGUUGUCAAAGGCAGCCUUUAAUAUAGUCAAUUUAAAAAACAGCAGUUUUUAGUUACACGGGAGUCGUUCUGUUGCACUUAGGGCUAAGUUACCGAGCAGAAGUUUUACAAUGCACUUUGUCAAUUUCAUACUCCUGCUUUGCGUCGUUUUGACUAACACGGGUACUUUAGUUCUCCAAAAAUCGUUUUUGACAUAAAACCUGCCAGGUUGUCCGAUUUUAUACAUGCGAAGCUCUCCGCGUUAUGGGAUAGCGAAGUGGUCAGCAGGAAAAUGGAAGCCCGUACAACAUUAGCUAGCAUUACGCAGAUAUCGAGAUAGCUUCGAAUUUAUCGACGACAUCAAACUCCGUUACCAUAACGGCACGGUGAUGUUCUUGCAGACGUCUCGUCGCUUUUUACAGACGUCCCUUUCGGGCAGUUAAAUAGAUCUGAUAAUUUCUUUCAACCAGUCAGCAGAAAAUUGUAGUUCCGACGAAAACGCUUAACGAAUUGUUACUAAGAUGCACAUUAAAUGAAAUAUUUCUUUUUAAAAGCUAACUCUAUAGGCACAAAGACAGCGUUGCUAUCGGCUCGUCUCCUAGACUCUUUUAGCCAAUGUCAUUAUGUUGACACUAAAGAGAUCUCAACUAAGCGAUCAGAUUGAAAUGCUUAAAAAUUGCAGUCGCUACGUUGAUGAUGUGCUUGCAUUUUCACCGCAGAAUCCGCCGUAGUUGCCCUCUCAAAUGCGUCCAUCAGAUUUACGUUGGAGAUAGAAACGGAUGGUUUGCCUCCCUUCCUAGAUGCCUUCCUAGACAGAAAACUUGACCGUGGAGUCCGAAAGAACGCCUAACGGAAAAACCCAGUCUAAACAAUAGGCGAACUUCGCCAGUUUCGUGCCCCUCCAGCUAAAACGAAAUCUAGUCCACUGUUUGAAACAAAUGGCAAGAGACUUUAUCUGACACAUAGGAAAGACUUAGAAAAAACCGCGACAUGCUUCGCGAAAAAGGGGAUCCCGACAGGUUUAUUGAAAAGAACGCUGCCAAACAACCCGCAAAACUCACCACACUUAUCAUCGAAAGGAAAACUUUGUUCCACAAAAUCCCUUUUCAAGGAGAUUUUACGAGUGAACUCCUAAGAAGACGCCUUCAUUAAGCUGUCUUGCGAACCCUUUCAGCAACAAGGGUUUGAAUAAUGUUGCCUACUAACUCCUUUUCACACGUAUAAGGUAAGGAUAGAUUGCCUUAUCAGAUCACCUCAUAUACUCGUUUACUUGCUCUUGUUGAGCAGAUUAUGUAUGUCGUACGAGGUGGUGUAUAUCCAAAGAACACGAGACCAUCUCCCGGCAUGCUGCGAAAAGGCAAAACUAGGAGCAUAUGUGCAUGCUGAUGAUUUCGGACAUCGUGUGGUCCCAGUGAAGCGUUUUAUGUAAUUUAUAGCUACCCUAAGCUAUUGGGUCAACGCUUGUUGGCAACAGUAGAAGCGUCCACAAUCAGUAAAACCGACCCCAUGUGCCCAAAAGAACCUCGUUUGGGCUCCGCGCUUACCUUGGUCAAAGGCUGACUAACCACAUGCAACUUUCCGAGGCCUUGCACUCUCGUCAUCUGUGUUUUAACAAAACCAAGUUAUUAUCGAUUUUUUAAUCACAGACAUGUUUAACUGCACUCCACUCCCGUGUAAUCGUUAUGGUCCGGUAGGAAUCUAUCAAAGGCAAACGAGUUUCGGCCAUCCCUUCUUCUGAGUAUAUUAUUAUCCUCCGCACGGGAUAUUACAGCCCACAAAUUUAAAUGCAAUAAAUAAUCUAACGCAAGCGAUGUGAAAUGAGAUAACUACCUGGUCAUUGUGCGGAAUCAUAGGCAUUAAGCCCUUUUAAAAUUAGCUCGAAGCUAGCUUAAAAAUUCUUUGUCAGGUAUAAUAUGCCUCUGGGUUUUAGGACAAAAAUAAAUGGCACUCUGUGUCAGCGUAAUUUCCUUUGCUUAUAAAUUUCGCCGAUCAUAUUUGUUAAUUUUAUCGUCCUUAAUGCUCGGAGGUGCUUAUUUUGACGUCAAUUUGUUUAUUCUGCCUUUUUUAGUAAAUGAAAGGUGUUUUGCUCGCUGGAAAUUCGUAUUUUUAAAUCAAGGCAGUUGUAUGCCCUUGGUAGUCGUACUCACUUCUACAGGUAUAUUUUGUUCUAAUGCAUUUGCAAGUCAUAGGUAGAUACUAAUUUUUUCCAAAAGGUCACAAAAAGACUCGCCAUUAGGCAGCUAUUUUAAAUUGCAUCCUGAAUGCGAAAUGCCUCCUGUGCGGUCUGAAUUCUUAAAAUACGUAAUGCAAAAAUAAAAGGGACACAGUCUUACCCGUUUAAAAAUUAUUUUUAUAUUUAAAUGACCACAUAGGAAUGCAUAUACAAUCAUAGAACAAAACCACAAAGUAAGUAAAGUGGACGUAACUAGUCCUUAAACAAAAGGAGAAAUGCUUUUUCGUCAUAAUUGGGAAAUUUAUUCGUAGUCACUUAGAAAAUUGAGAUUAAGCAAAAUUUGCAAUUUUGUGUUGAACUUUCUUUGGAAAAUAUAACAAGGAACACGCACUGUCAGACUACCUUAGAAAAGCUUUCUUUUAAAUUUAACUCAUUGGAAAGGUUUUUGAGGGUCUGCUUAUCAUAUGUCAUGGUCAUGAAAGUUUACAAUUGGCGUUUAGGUUUCAUUUUUAGGAGGUCUAAAAAUAUGAUGCAGCUUGCCAACAGAAUUUGAGGACAAAUAAGACGCCAUUUUUAAGUAAAGCUUUAGUGCAUGGUUUUUGUAAGGAUUUAAACAGACACAGAGUACAGAACGUGGUUUUUGGGAUACCAAUAGAGAACGCGUAAAAAGUAAGUCAUUUAAUGACAGUUCAAGGGCAUCCUGAAACCUAGCGUUUCGGUCAUAAAAUACUUGGCAGUGCCGCUUAAAAAUUUCACUUGGUACACGGAAUACAAUACGUGCAAGCGCUCUCUUUUCUUAGUUUCCAACCAGUCUCUCAACACGCGACUUUGCCAAAUCUUUUACCCCAACCGUGUUUUCAUUCAUGGUUUCCAACAGAAACCGCUGAUUUUAGUCAACCAGCUAACCGAUGUACACCAGAAGAUUUAAAGCCGUUGACUUAGCGUCAUAAUUCAUCUUAAACUAGUUCUAGAAGACAUUUGUCCUGACUAUCAUAAAAAUACUUUAUUUAUUUAGAUAUUUGCACGAGUGGAUUCUAUUAUCUUUUAUAAAUUUGGAAUAAAUUUACGCAUUUUCAACAUUUAAAAUGCUUUACAAAUUGUUAUGUGCAACCAAAAUACUAUUGUUUUUAGGACAUGUUUCGCAUUUUCGUCUGUCCUACGAUCAGUCAAAAGCAAUGGAUACUUUAAUUGGAUCGAUUUUUGUCAGUUUCCGAGUGGUUGCAGAUUUUACGCAAAUUUAUACAUAUUUAAUGGUCCGCUUCGUCCAUUGCGAACAAAGCAUACCAAAGACGAUGACCAUGUUUAAUUAUAAAUUAGCAUCCAUUAAUGAUUCUGCAAUAACUCUGCCACAACUCUGCACGCAUCUUAUUAAAAGGACCGACAGCGAGUGACUGAUCUUAUAAAAGUUUGAAAUGCGUUUUCAGUUAGGAAGGAUUACUCAGGUGGGUUGUUGCAGUAAUUAUCUUGCAGCAUAAUUCUGUAAUAAAUUUGACUUGUCGGUCUUAAACUGCUUUUCUUUCUGACCUUCCGUAGAAAUCGUACUUGGUAAAAAAUGACCUUAUAUUUAGCAUGCAUUCUUCACCUCGAAUUUAACUGGUCCCACCAAAAUGUAUCUUAUAGGAAGCAUGCUCAAAAUAGGCCUUUUUAAUUUGUUUGGAAGAAAACCAUGUCUUUACAUUUUAUGCUUAAAGAAAGGAUAUUCUUUGGUUUUGAUGAUGUACGCAUUAUGAGAUCUUUUAAUGCUUUGCAGUGUCCGCUCCUGGCGCAUCGUGUUUGUCUGUUUUUCAUUGCUCCUCAUGAAAUGUACAACAUAGUCCGCAUCCAUCGGAAAAUUGUAUAGAUUCUAUAUGGUAUCUUUUUAAAGCCAUGGAAGUAUAUAUAGGUUUCCUUACGCUGAACGCAUGCACGUUGUAAACUGUAAUCACUAAGCGCUAAUGCAACAACUAAUCAGGCUCCAAAUUAUUAAGAAAUAAGAAAGCUCUUUAAAACAUAGCUACACUUCUUUUUCGGGUAUAAAAGAAAAAAGGUGAUUCUAUAUCAAACGACUGAAGUAAAGCAUGUUUUUGCUCGUGGUUUCUAUAAAAUAUAUUCGAAUUUACAAGGUUAUUGAAAAUCAAUGAGCAAAAUGUAUGGUACUAAAGUGGUCAUUUUUUAUCGAGAGCGGUUUCUAAAGGAGAUUAAACAUCAGUGUAUUCAGUGUAUCUAAAUGCAUGGCAGACUUUUAUAAACUAUAUAUGGUAUCUUUUUAAAGAUUUAGAGGAAUCUAUGAUAUUCAUUACGCGGAAUGCAUGCAACUUGUAGAGUGAAAUUCCUGAAGGCUUUUGUGAAGGUCUAUCGGGCUCGAAAUUUAUGAAAACUGAUAAACCCUUAAAAAACAUAACUAUACCCUUUCUUGGAAUACAGCUGGUAACGGCAGCGUGAUGUUUCACCAUACAAAUGAAAAAAGGCUUAUUUAUGUGCAUGAUUUCUAUAAAAUACGUUAGCAUAUAGGGGACCAUUGAAAAUCGGUGUGAAAAAUGUAUACCAUAUAAGUAGUCAUUUUUUGCCGAGUGCGGUUCCUAAAAAAGGCCAAAAAAGCAUAUUCAAAAGCCGAUACCCUGACGUGCCAAAAUCAUUAUUGAAUUAUGCCCCAUAAUGACCAGUAAUCUAACCCCAUCUAAGUGGUGAUUCCAAAUCGAAGACGCAUUUCGGAAUUUCCUCAAAUACUUCAUAUGAUCGGUCACUCUAUGUAAUUCUAGUAAUUGUUCGAAUGCAGCACCCUUUAUCACUCUGCUUACUCGGACGACGGUUUUGUUGCAGAAUGCCUUUAUUACGUAGCCGUCAUUAAAAAAUUCAAGGAAGAUAAUACUUCACGGAAAUUCCUAUUUGUGAUAGAUAACAACUUAUGAAAUGUUUUAACAAACUCGACUGAUUCACUAAACUUAUUUAUGACAUGCGUAGCGACGUCGGCAAAAAUUAAAUCUAAGGCAGGAAGGUUAAAACUUGAGUACAGCCAGCGCUUAAAUUUCCUCUGUAACGCAGACGUCAUCAAAAACUUUAAAGACAAAAUUUCACGAGAGUUCCCUGCUUUUGUGGGACGCAUUUGUGACAGAUAACAAAUUAUGUAUUGUUUAAGCAAACUCGACUAAUUCAUUAGACUUAUUUAUGAAAAGCAAACAGACCCCGGUAAACGUUACAUCCGAAACAUGAAGGUCGCAGCUUGAGUACGACCAACUCGACAGAUUCGAGUAAAUCCAUUCAAACCGAUUGCGAAAAAUGCCGUGUUUGAUUGAAUUCAGACGCAUGACAGAGCAAGACUUUAUUUUCUAUCUCAACGAGGCCACCACGUUAUUUACAAUGAAUUCUCUGAAUUAACGCCUAACAGGGUCUGCAGAAUAACCAAUGCAUUGUAUGAACUGGGAAAAGUAAAGUACCAUUUACGGUAGGUGUGUAAACGCAUGAAAUGCUAGCCGAAAUUCUGAAAUGCAUUUUAAACUCAAAAUGAUUGCUCACGUAAUGCUGUAAUCUUAAUUGCCAUGCAGUAUAAACUUUGAACAAGAGUCUUUAUAGCGGUUUGCAAACGCUACACUCUCUAAAAAAUGACUACCUAUGUGAUAUGCAGUUUUAUCACAGAUUUUUGAUUACCUUAAACAUUCAAAUCCAUUGCAUCAAAAACAUGCAUAAGAAAUAAUUAUUUUACUCACUUUGUAAAGCAUAACCUAUUUUGCAAAUUUCGUACUUGAUGAAAGGGUAUAAUUCGGUUUAAAAAGAAGUUCCUAGUUAUGAGAUUCUGUGAGAUUCUUAGAUGAAAUGUGUCUCUGCAAUUACUACUUUUGAUUGUAAAGUCCACGGUAAAGCUCAUAUCCACUGAUAAAUUUUUAUGAAUCGCAUAUAGUCGGCUAUCAAUAGCAUAUAAAAAAACGUUUUUUCCUACACGGAAAAAACGCGGCCUGUCUUUUGGAAAUUCUAAAUGCAAGUGCGACGACACGUUCAGUUCAUAAACUGUUCAGUGAUGAGACUUGUUUUUAAGGUCAAACUAGAAUUCAUCUGGAAGAACGGAAUUUGAAAAAACGUAAUUGUCACCAAAUGGUUAAAAGAAGAAAUGUUUUGUGAAUGUCUCAUAUGGAAUAGAUUUGAAUUUUAAAGGCCAUCAAAAAUCCAUGAGACAAAGGCGUACUAUCUAAGUAGUCAUUUGGUGCAGAACGUAGUUUUACAGGCCACUGCAAAAUAGCUUAGUUAAAUGCUGGCAUUUUGAAGUAACGGAAAAAUCUUUGGGUUCUGCAGCAGUUUGAUUAAAAAUAACACCCUACUUAAGCAAUCUUUUCGAGUCGAAAGCACAUUUCAGAAUUUUGGCUAGCCCCUUAUGAAUUAACACCUCCACCGUAUUUGCGGUGUUAUGAAUCAGGGCUUUUAUGUUAAUGCACAUAGGUGAAAUCGCCGAAAGAAAUGUUUUCUCGUCACUGAUGACUGUUAUUGCGGUACUUUUCGUACAUACAGGAUUGGUCCGUUCUCUUCAGCAGCUGCUUCAAGAUCUCCAAAUUCUAAUUCCGCGCUUUUAAUUGAAGUGAACUUUUCGCAUAUUGAUUUCAGCUAGUCCACGGGCACAAAGUCUGUAGAAUUGUUAAUAGAGAAAAAUCUCUCAAUAAGUUGGUGUCUCAACAUAAUAUGCUAUUCAGGAUUUGGUGGUCCAGUAUAGGGGCUUUUAAAUUAUAUUAAAAGGGUCGUACAUACCCAUGCAUCAUCCCAAAAACGUGUUCAAACCUGGCAUGCCACAGUCGAAUGCAAGAGUGUAGUUUCUGACGAGCAGAGUAGCUGCGCAGCGGUCUUGCGGAAAACUGCGUCACCUAGCUUAGGACUUGUCAAUAUUUUUUCUAGUAAAUGUUGCCUUUUAGAACGUUACGCUUAUCCAUAUGUCCCUCGCAAUUAUACGGAAAGUCAUUUUCAUGCUUUAAUCUUUUAUUUAACGUUUCCAACAAUGUUUUAGUACGUCUCAUAAUAUAUGCGAAAGUGCUUCCGGGGAAGCACGCCUGAGUGAGUCUUUGCGGUCUACUGAGCAGGAAUUACGUCUUUAUGUCAUCCUAGCAGUCAGUAAGUUAAAUCGCACAUAAAGAAAAUCAUAAUGUAAAAGGUCACUAAUACUGCGUUCCCAAAAUUCCAUGCCUAACAGUCUACCAUACUUGACCGGCAUCACAACUCUGGCAAUUUUACUAGAUUUGAAUCAGAAUUGCCUUUUACUCUAGAUAGAUUGACUUAAAAAAGUUUUUUUCUUUUCGGAAAGCGUAUUCUGGGUGUUUUUUUACUAUAAUGUACAUACAUGUUUGUGAAUGACAUAGACCUGACAAAGACAAGGAGACCGGGAUGGCCCUUUUUGGGUUAUGAGCCGUCAUCAGCCAGCCAUACCCCACCCCAAGCGUGGAUCACUUAGGAUUCGAGGACUGACAUUCUACCAUUGAGCCACGGGCCCGUUGUCCUGUCAUUGUGAUCGGGAAUAUAAAUCACAACAUAUGGGCACUCACCGAUCAGGUUACGGAACGUGCUUGUCACGAUUAAUAUUCCCGAUCACAACUGACAGGACAACAGUAUUGUGAUCAAUUAUUAUGCAACAAAGAAUACGACUGGCAGAUUACUCUGGUCAUAUUCCCAAAAUCAUGUCGGACUACUUAUGUCACAUCAAAUUACCGCCUUUUUUCAACAUAAGCCCUGUUUUUUUAGAGAUUACCGUCGGUUUGAACAAAACAUAGUGUACUCUUAUAUUUUUACGCCAAUUUACUAAGUUUUGCAUUGCAAAAUAGGGUUUAAUGUCAGCUGCUAGAAAUGUCCCUGAGAUCCAUCUCCUCAGAUUUUGCAGAAACCCUGAUCAGCCUGUUUCAUAUCCAACUUAGCAAGCUGAUCUAAGUAGUUAUGUAAGAUUUAGGCGCGAAACAGACGCAUAUGUUUGCAAAAACAGGGCUAACAUGUGUCAUACUGCUCGUUGGCCGCAGAAUUUACAACAUGGUACUGUCUUACAUAGCCUUUAGAUUUUUUUAAUGGAUCAAACUCUAUCGACUGGCAGCGUUUGCUUCUUUCAAGAUACGUCAGUUUCUUAUGCUCUCUCCAAAACCUGUGUUUGGAAUCGGGUCGCAUAGUAGUUAACACGGCAAAGGUUUCAACGUUAUCUUAGAAAAUAUGUCCCAACUUGCGAAAUACCUCUCUCUUUACCCACGCUGCCCAUAUAAAUGGGAUAGAGCACCCUAUCGAUAAUGAAUGACCGAAAGUAACGUGGAAACAUGUAACAAAUAGUUAAAUUUAUACGACUCUCCUUAAAAAUAACAAUUAUUUUAGGACAAGCGAAAUUCUCAAUACGUCAAAAUGUUUUGUUUUUGUAAAUAACUAACAGCUAAAACGGCACAAGUAGCGCAACGUACAGUAGGUGUGCUAAGUCAUGAAAUGUCAGCCAAAAUUUCGAAAUGCGUUCCGUUUCGGAAAGAUUUAUUAAAAAGGGUUGCAAAACUAAUAUUCCUGUAGCAUUAUUCCACAAUAAUUCAGUUACCUCAGGGUACCUGUUUUCGAACCAACUUCCUUUGGGCUUCACGCAGAAUCCAAACUCUGUAAAAAUGGCUGCUUAAGUGGUAUGAAUUGUUCUCACCGGUUUCGAUGUCAUUAGAAAUUCAAGCAUAUUUCAUGGAAAGCAUCAAUAAAAAUAUUCAUUUGUUAUUCAUUCGGCAAAUGAUGACGUCUACGUCUAAUAUUCUGCAUCAAGGGAGGGCAUGAUUCGACUUACAAAUGUUUUUAAAUUCUCGAAAAACUUUGAACCCGACCUGUCGUUACACUUGCGUUCAGGGUUUAAAAACGACAAGCCGUAUAUUUUCAACGCAUUUAAAACCAUACAUUUCUUCACAGUAUUAAAAGAAGACCUAAUGGGGUUAAUGAAUUUUAGCAGUGAAUUUAAUCCAUAUUGUUAACUUAACAAGCUACAUUGGUUAAUGCAAAGACAUGACGUUUUAUGAAGGGCAAUUCACGGUACUAAAAAUCCCACAAUUAUAAACUUUUUUUAAAGACCAAAUUAUGUCUUUCCUUCGAGUAUAAACUUGGAAGAGGAUGUGAUUGUCUACUGAAUGGUUAAGAAGAUGAAUAUUUGUAUUCACGCUUUCCAUGAAAUAUAAGUGCAUUUCUAAUGGCACCGAAAAUCAAUGAGAAAAAUUCAUACCACUUAAGCAGGCAUUUUUACAGAGUUUGGAAUCUGCAUGAAGCCCUAAGGACGUUUGUUCAAAAGCGGGCAUUCUGGGUUAACAGCAUUAUUAUAGAAUUACGCUGCAUGAUGAUUAAUUUUGCAACCCUUCUUAAUUAAUCUUUUUGGAAGGUAAGCCCACUUCGGAAUUUCGGUUUACAUUUCAUGAGUUAAAUCACCUACUGCAUGUUCAUGGUCAAUCGAUGUUUGCGCUGUAACAUCCUCUGGGAAUUAUUGUCAUAUCGCGUGCAACGGUAGGCCAAAGGCCUACAGUUUAAGUCGUAUGGAUUUAAAAAACGGUUUCAUAAGAAUUCACCGUAAUUUUUUCGUGCUGCUUUUAUUGGCUGAGGUGCGGUCGACUAAAAAGAAAGAGGUUUGUUUUUAAUUUCGCCGAGUGGGACGAUAAAAACAUAAACAUUUGUAUAAUGUUACAUGUUGGGAGCCUACGCAAGUUAAAAAGAAUCAGCCAUUGCGAUACCAAACAGAAUUUUAAAUAUAUUAAGAAGACGUUCUUAUAUUAAGAGUAUUUAGUAACUUUUAGUGACCGCGUUGGUCACAAAGUACUAAUUUAUUUGGAAAAUCGGUGGUCUUUGCGAUUUUAAGCAUUCAUAAUCGAGCGCUUAUGAUCAGGAUUGGGAUGGCUUAGCUUUAUUGAAAGUCAGCGUGAGUUUAAGGUUUAGGGUUAGGGCUAAAAUUAAGAGACGAGAAUAGGAACACCCAGCGCGAGGGGUCUCACGCCUCCGAGUCCGACCACAUGUUAUCAUUUCGAGACUUUUUGCAGUGCUGCAUUCACAUACACUUGCAAGUUUGUUUGGCUGGCAUUUGGGUGGGUAAUCUUGCAAAAUUAGACAGACUCCGGAUUUGGUAUUCAUGCUUACAGAUUAAAGCAAAAUGUUUGAAAUCAAACUACUGUCAUCCUACAGCUCCUCAGUCAGUUAUUGGGUAUUUUUUUACGCAAAUGUUCGUUUGGAGCAUACUUGAAGAUUCAAGCACACAUACAGUCUUAUUGCUGGUAAGAAGAGGCGUCUGCAGCGACAGUGUGCAAUGAAUACGCUCCAGAUAAUUGGAGAACUUUCGCCCAUCCGUCAUCUUUUUCUAAAAUCUUCUUAAUAAGCUCAUUUUGCGAUCAUUCUGAACCACAAAUGCAACCGUCCUAUAGCUUAAAGAAAAAGUUACGUUAGACCCAUUUAAUAACGUCCCUCCCAUUACCGCUACAAGUCUGAUCUGCCUAGAAAAUUAGCUAUUUGAUUUCGCAAAGUCUUCACCUAUUUCUGCCAUAACGUCCGUCACCUGAUGAGCGCAUUUCACUGUCAUGCACUUUACCUCUUCCUGAGGUAAAGUAAAGAAAGAUAAUAACCUUUGACCGACCUUACAGUCCCCUAUAAGAUGCUGAUAAUCUGUCUGCCUUAAAAAAUGCCCACCUUUCUCUUUUUAAGAGAGCCACUGUCGGUUUUUUUGUUUGCUUCAAGACACUGUACCACGAUUGCUAAUGCGCAACAAAAUGGCCCUAUAAAUACAAAGGUACCAUUGCACUGCACUGCAAAUUUCGUUUCUAAAUUACCUUUUCGUAGAAAAUAAAUCAUACGAAAGUACCAUGACACAUGGUCACAAGUUACAAUGGCAUCACGUACUAGUGGAAAUAUUGGUACUUUUAAACUCAGAACUGCCUGCAAGCGUAAUUAUUGGUCUUAGAGUAUAAAAUUAGAUAAAUUGACAAAUUGGACUAUUCGGAACCAACAAUACUUCCGGUUUGGCAAGGUUACCUGCUCGUAAAAGUCCUGCUUUUCCUGCCUUGCGUAGAACAAAAAAGUCAAAUUUAAAUUGCGGCUAUUUUAGAUUACAAAAUUGUCAUAGAAAAGCACGCACAAAUAUGGAAAAAAUAUCUUGACAAUGUAUUGAUAUUUAAUUUAGCCCACGUUUAUAAAUAUUUCACUUAAUUAUUUACCCAGAAAAAUAUGUUACUGUAAAAGGAGCGUUUUCCGGAAUGAGUUGGAUGAAUGAGUAAAAUGCACAACGUUUAAGUGCCUUAACAUGACCAGUUCAGUUUACAUCAUCACAUUUCGCGAAUUAGGUCACAUACUGUAGACACACGCCUUCUUCAGCGUAAAACAAGUCAAUUCAAUCACCACGAACGACAAUUUAUAUUGUGUGCCUCACAGCCUUGCAUAGCAUCUUUCGCACCCUUCCACCCUGACAUUUUAACCGUUGGUACCGACGAGGUUCACAAUAUGAUUAACAGGGAUUUUGGUGCAGAACAAUGAUAUGUAUGUGAAUGAGCAGAUCCGCGCUGCGUCUAUCGCACUCCAUCCCCUCGUGGGCUAAAUGGACUAUGGGCGCUUUCGGUCAUAGCGGUCAUGCGUGAGAAACAUGCCUGAAUCUCCCUAGAUAGGUCUCUUUCUCUCAAAAGCGAUAAGAACGGAGAGAGGAGUUCGCUUUAUUUUGAAAUCAUAAAUUCAAAAUUUUUAGCUCGAAUGUCAUCAGCGUGAGAAAAUAAACUUGUUUUGCCAUUCUCGAACACCAAAAAUGAUGUUAGCAAACUCUUUACCCAAGGUAUUUGUCUCUUCUCUACACCACCGUUUUCCUGUGCUACUAUAACGGUUUAAGGUUCCACUCCGAGAUUUUUGGCGAAGUGUUUGACCAAAAUUUAAACAGAUGUUUUUAGAUGGCAUAUUAAAAAACAGCGUCCUCAGACUCUGAACGUAGCCCUCAGUCGAUUAGAUUAAGCGGUAUAAACACGCCCAAGUGUCCGUUUACUUUAGUACGCUCAUAACACGAAAUUUAAACACUAUCAUUUCAGUCUGUUUAUACUGAUGUUCAGUCCCUUCUGUUGCGAGGUUAAGUGGUUCAUAUGAGGCGGGUGAUAUGGCGGCCAGUUUAGUCCUUGGUCAUAUUUUACUUUGAACUGCCUCAUCACCAAUGAAAAAAUUGUCACGCAUUUUUUCCUCACCCCGUGUAAAUAUCACAAUAUCUCAGUCUAAAUGACAGCGCGCCAUGAAUAUCCAGAUUCUAGCUGAAGGUUGAAAAAGCAUGAUUACUCGGUAUCUGCGUGCGCGUCACUUAGCAGGAUUGAUAAAGUCGCAGUGGACGCUCUGAAAAAGGUGCCGACGUGCCGUCCGUAAAGUUCCUGACUGGAACUAUGUCGUGGUGAUUCAAAAUACAACUUGAUUUCCAAUCCAUUAACUUGGCACUCUUCUAGGCUUCUUGAAACUGAUGACCACUUUGCGGGCACAUAUUGCGUUGUUUAGGCUGUUGAUGUUAAAUUCUUGCCUGCCUCUCUCAUUCCCAUCCUCCGUUUGUAUUUGCAAACUCUAUUUUAUUGCUGUCUGAAAUGCGUACUUUCAAGAAUCACUACAGCAUUGAAUGCGGUGAGUGACAUGGGAUUGCUCACGGGCUUUUGUUGAGGUUUUAUCCAUCCAAGAAUACUUGAGGCACCCAAGCAGACAGGGGAUGCAAAGUUUGCACAUCUGCGACCAGCCAUCAUGAAGAUGGCGAUUGUUCGGAGAGCCUGUACUUUCAAAAACAAGAGCCAGCCAAUCACUGGAGGCCACGUACGCUUUCUCUUGCGCGCUGUCAGCAUGAUCGUGGUGCUUCGCUAUUGGCUGAUCCCCUCGGGCAUAAUCGACCCGUGUAUGCUGGAAAUCUAUCAGUCCGUCUAUAAUUAUCUUCUCGAAGUGCAUUGUGCUGAAUUCAGGCGAAUCCCAGUAGAGUAUUAUAAAUACGCAUUACUUGCCCGGUUCGACUUGACUUGCAGUUUCCUAAUACACUUUUCCGUGGCCGAUCGUGUUCUCCUUCUCUGCUGCGUUGUCAUUGGGGACCGGAGUCGAGUGCGCGUAUGCUUCACGUGAUUUCAGGUAUCAGGCCGAUCCUUAACAAUGUGACAGUUGAUUGUGUGCCAGUCUGACGGCUGAAAUCGUCCUCGUUUCUGGUCCUCAUUAUAGCCUUCCCGCUGUUGUCCAAGCAUCCCGUUUACAAUAGCCUAUGAUGCGCUAUCUUCGACCCCUCAGUGAACGUGUUCCAUAACUACUCUGAGAAAACGUGAGUGUCGUGUCCGGUGGAUGAGAAACAGAACCACUUGUGUUAUCUGGGGGCAAUCGGGUGGUUUUUUCGGAGUAAAAUGCUGAAUAACUAGAACACAUCCGGUGACCGGAGGGAGUUCUGUCACUGACUUCUGUCCGUGAAAAAAAAAAUUGGAGCCUGAAAGAAUGGCGCCAGAGGACUUUUUUCAGUAGGUAGAGAUGUCGUUGCCUUGUCAACCGGGGGGUGGCAGUAUCGGUAGAAGACGAUGAUGCGGCUGGGCGGUGGGAGCGUGUGUAAUCUCUGCACUACAAUCGUCAGGCCUAAUUCUCAGUUGUACAAAAAAGAUAAGAGUAGCUAGAUUGAGAAGUUUAACGUAUACAGAUUCCGCGGUCGCGCUCUCAAGCGACAGUGCCCGCUUGCGAAGCAAGGACUGCUGUAAACAGCCUCCAGUCAUGCUUGAGAGUCCCGAAAAAGUGGUGUCAGCUGCUUUUGUAGGCUCGUUGGCCAAGCUGAAGUGGUCCCAGUCAGUGUGUGUUACAGUGAGCGACCUAUCUCAUGAAAUGCUGGCUGGAAUUCUGAAAUGCGUUUUCGAUUAGGAAGGAUUACUUGGUCGCGGUUGUAAUAUUGACUAUCUUAAGGCAUACUCUCAUAACAUGUCGAACUCGGCAGGGUGUCAGCUUUUAAAUGCACGUCUUUUAAAUCGCCUGUAGAAAGCGUGCUUGGUAAAAAUGACCAAUUAAGUAGCAAGCAUUUUCCCAUUGAUUGUCAAUCGUCUUGCAACUUUAAAUAUAUUUUAUAAAAACGAUAAACUAAAAUACACUUUCUUUUAGUCAAUCAAUAGAGAAUCACGUCUUCUUUAAAUUUUAUACUUAAGAAAGUAGUAUAGUUAGGUUUUUAAAAAGUUUUCUAAUUGCCGAAUAAUUUUAAGCCUGAUCAUUGGUCGCAUAAGCGCUUAGUGAUUUCACUCUACAAGGCGUAUGCGUUCCGCGUAAACCAAUUACAUAUUUUUAUAUGCCAUUGAAGAGAUAUCAUACAGGGUCUUAAAAAUUUUGCAGUGGAUGCGGACCAUGUUGUAAAUUUCAUGAGGAGCAGUGGUAAACGUCCAGGUACGAUGCUAUGUGGAAGGACAUUUCGCGGUCAUAAAAGGACUCAUAAUUAGAAACUUUUUUAAAACCUAUUAAUACUCCUUCCUUAAGUAUAAAAUAUAAAUAAGACGUGGUUCUCUAUUGAUUGACUAAAAGAAAGCAUACUUUUGUUUAUUGUUUAUAUAAAAUAUAUUUUAAUUUGCAAAACCAUCGAAAAUCAAUGGGAAAAUGCAUGCUAGUCAAGUAGUCAUUUUUGUACCAAGCACGCUUUCUACAGGAGAUUUAAAAGAAGUACAUUUAAAAGCCGACACCCUGCCAAGUCCGAAAUGUUACAAAGGUAUGCCAUAAGACAAUCAGUAUUACAACCGCGACCAACUAAUCCUUCCUAAUCGAAAACGCAUUUCAGAAUUUCAGCUAACAUUUCAUGAGAUCGGUCAUUCACUGUACAUUUGCCGAGGGGUGGUUUCCUAGUGGUUUAGGUUGUGGUUGCAGGGCGGGGGGUGAGGUGCGGUUAAGUGGCCGCAUGGGCAGUUCCAACUCUGUUUGGACGCAGGUAUGUCCGAGCUGAGGUCGGUCGAGUAGCUUCAAGUCAGCGCCUCCAUAGCGGUUCGCUGCUAGGGGCGAAUGACCUUGAGGCAGACGAACGAUGACCAAUGGCGCUAGAGUAGUCAUGAUGGCUGGUCACAACAACAAAGAAGCUGUUCUAGGAGAAAUAAUUUACCGAGUGAUACGCCGCAGCAAAGAUAGGAAUAAAUGCUGAUAAUAGCAUAGGGCUACAGUAGGUGGGCUAACUCAUGAAAUGUCAACCGAAAAUCCGAAGUUAGUGUUCGUUUUGAAAAGAGCAAUUAAGUAGGGUUGUAAAAUUUAUCACUAUACAGUAUAAAUAUAUAAUAGGCCAGUUAACUCAGGAUGUCAGCUUUCAAAAGAAACUUCCAACCAACUAAAUCCGAAAAUUAUACUAUGUAAAAAACGACUACUUAAGUAGCAUGCGCUUUUUUAUGAUUUUCGAUGCCCAUAAGACUCCAAAUAUAGUUCAUGGAAAACAUGCAUAAAAACAUUCAUUUUCCCGCUCAUUCGGUAGAAAACUACAUCUUCUUGCAAUCUGAUGUUCGAAAGAAGGGUAUUAUUCGGUGUUCAAAUAGUUUUGCAAUUCCCGAAAAAAUUUUAACCCGAUCUGCCGUCAAACUUGCACUCGGGUUAUUCAAACCACAAGUUAUGUAUUUCCGCGUAAGGAAAACCACACAUUUCUCUACAGUAUUAAAAGACCAUAUAGGGUUCAUAGGAUUUUGCAUUGGAUUGUAUGCAUAGUUUUAACUGUACAAGCCGCAUUGGUAAAUGCAAAAACAUGACGUCUUAUGAACUGCCAUUUUACGGUAUUAAAAAGUUCCACAAUUAGACACUUUUUAAAACCGAAUUAUGUCCUUUCUUUGAGUAUAAAAUUGAAAGAAAACGUUAUUUUCCAUCGCAUGAGCAAAAUAAUGAAUAUUUGUAUGUAUGUUUCUCAUGACAUAUAAUUGAAUACUUAAGGACAUCGAAAAUCAAUGAGAAAAAUACAUGCUAUCUAAGUAGUCAUUUUUUAAAGAGUAUAGUCAUUGUAAGCAGACGGAUGGGAGACCGUUCGAAAGCCGGCAUCUUGAAGAAACUAAAUUAUUAUAGAAUUAUACUACAGACUGACUAGUUUUACAACCCUACUUAAUUAAUCUUUCUGAACGAAAACGCAUUUCGGAAUUUCGGUGGACAUUUCAUGAGUUACACCACCUAUUGUACAUUCCUUCUAAUGACGAGAGCGCGGCAAUGUCUAAUAUAAAAAAGUAGUAGUUUUUAACACUGUGUAUUUUUUUUCCAUGCGGCCGAAAGGAAGUUCAUUUGAAAGGCGGCCUCCAGCCGUAACUAAAGUAUUAUAGAACUAUGCUGCAGACUGACUAGUUUUACAACUCUACUCAAUAUUUUCGAAACGAAAACGCAUUUCAGAAUUUAAGUUGGCACUUCAUGAUUAAGAAUGGCAUUACCGACAGAGACAAGGGAGACUGGAAUGGCCAUUUCUGGCUUAUUAGCCGUCGUCAGCCGGUCAUACCCAACCCCGAAGUGUGGCAUACCCGAGACUCGAACUCUCACGGAUCGAGCGCCCCUAUCACUUCACGAGUAAGCCCACCUACUGUAAGUUGAGUCCAUACGCAAAUGAUUACACAUCAUGUUUGGCGAGCGUUUCAGUGCACAAUCCCUAAGCGGGUGCUGUUAUGAAUGAACAACCGACAAAGACAUGUGAGACUGGACCGGACUUUCUAGACUGUGGUGUUUCAUCAGCCAUUUAGGCGAACACGUCCGAUAGAGACAAUUCGAACAAUUGCGAUUUUUAUUAUUCUAAAUGAUUUCGGCAACAGUCAACCAGCAUGGUUCUUAGGCCACCAACGAUAGUAAUAAAACCCCUAUAUUUUCUCUUUGGGGUAAACUGCUUUUUACCUCAUUUACAUAUCCGCGAGCGAAUAUUUUUUGUAAUAGUAUACAUACUAACAAAGACGGACAAAUGAUCACAGUUUCCAAAUAAGGCUUGAAGCAUUUACAUACAAUUAAUGAUUGUAAGAAUACGAACGAGCAUGCAGUUAAAACUCUUUUGAAUGCAUCAUUGUGGGUCCAUACACUCCCAGGAUGAAGGGGUGAAGAAGAAAAGUCGAGAACCGUAGCACUGUGUUUAUUGUCCUGAGCUUUCAGACUCGUACAGGAGUCCAUCGUCAGAGGUAGCAGCAGCUGCAGCAGAGCAAGCGACAAUUAUAAGGCAUGCAGGCUUAUCGUCGACCGACGGCGCAAGACUGGAGGUGACUACGCAGGGCUCUGUACGUCGCCACCAGAUCGAUAAAUCGAUUGACCGAGUUCUCAUCGGAGACCCAGGUUUCAAUCAAUUUUCCGCCUCUUUUGUUUCCGGCGUGGGCGACUAUUUCGGGGGCUGCGAAGUUAAACUCGGGACCCAUUUCGUAGGUGUGAGCGACCACUUGGGAUAAUGCGUCACCUCUUCGUACACAGAGCUUAUGUUUGUAUGUGCGCGAUCCGAGCAUGCGUCCAGUCUGUCCUAUGUAGUUACAAAGACAAUUUUGAUACGGAACGCGAUACACUUCUCCAGAUUGCUCAUCAGGUUGAAACCGGUCUUUGAUCUUCAUGACCCUAUUGCGCAUGGUGGCUUUGGGGCGGUGUGCAAUUCCAACACCUAGCUCCGCAGCAAUGCGCUCAGUCGCUUCUGAAACGAUCUUGAUGUAUGGCAGAGAAUGUCAUAUCGUCGGUGGCGUUGAUGUUCGAGUUCUCUGGUGGCGACCGCGUAGGCAGCGACUUAUGAAUGCCCACGAAUAGCCAUUUUGCACAAACUAAUCGCGGAGAUAACGGGCCUCACGUGCCAUGUCCUCCGGCUUGCUGCAAUGAGUUUGGAUCCGUUUGAAGAGCGUCUUCACAUAGCUUCGUUUGUGUGUCACCUGAUGGUUUCUCUGAAAUCUGAAAAGCUGUUUGGUGUUCUCUGCCUUCCUAUAAGCCGUCUUUUCAAUUUCACCGUUAAGGCUUCGUCUGACAGGCACAUCCAGGAAGGGCAACUGCUGUUCCUGUUCUUCUUCUCUUGUGAAUUUUAUAUCAGGAAAGACUGCGCUGAACAGGCUGUGGAAAUGUUGCAGCAUGUCCUUCUUUACGAUGACGAAAGUGUCGUUAUUGUAACGGCGCCAAAACACCGGUUCAUGUUGGAGGAAGGUAAUGUGUUCUAAAUUCUGUAGGACCAGUUCUGCCACCAAACCGGAGACCGGUGAGCCCAUUGGGGUUUCCUUGAUUUUUUCAUAGGUCUCUCCCCCAAAAGCGAAGAAAGUUUGUUGGCAGAACUCGAACAGCCUCAUGAGGUGUUCAAUUAUGAGGGCAUUCUGAGUCGCAUCGUACGCCUCUUCAAGUCUCUUGCGCAAGACUUCGCGGACCACGUUUGGUGGGAUGGACGUGAAUAACGACGUCAAAUCAAAAGAGACCAUGAUUUCGUCCGAUUGAAUUCUCCGACCUCGGAGGUCUAUGAGGAACUGAGAGGCUGAUCGAACUGAAGUAGUCGAAUUGCCUUGGAGGAACUUUUAGCUUUCAGUACAUCCAUUUUGCCAAAUUUUAGGUGGGGUUGCCUUUUUGGGCAACGAUUUUCCAAGGUGGGACAUUGGCUUUAUGGAUUUUUGGCAGACCAUAGAAUCGGGUUAGAGCGGUGCCAGUUGCCCUCAUUUGGUGCCAUUAAUUUUCCGUGAUCACAUUUUUAUGUCGGUAUUCUCUAAGCAGUUUACUCAGCCGAUCUGCCACUGCUUUGGCUUGUGACUUCUGUGCUGGUAUGUAAAAUCCUCUGUCAUCAAGAAGGGCUUUAGCUUUUUCAUUAUAGUCUUCUCUAUUCAUCACGACGGUUGGUCGUCCCUUGUCAGCAGGUAGAAUGAAAAUGCUGUCGUCCCUGCUCAGUUUCCUCAUAGCCUUUGACUCACUCUGCGAAAUACAUUUGGUUGGUCUGUGUGUCAUCAGCAAGGAGGUAACACGCUGUCGGACGGAGUGUUUAAUGUCGUCGGGUGUUUCACCUCUUACAAGCAUAGCUUCCGGGGAUGCAAUGAAGUCGAUAGGAUCGGCGUCUGCAGUGUUACAGCAAGUUUUGUGUUUCAACAGUGGUAGUUACUACUCUGUUAGCUGCUUAGAUGAGAGGUUGUGGACCAAGUUUGAGCUUUCUGUGCCUAGUGGUUUUAGCUUAGUCAAUUUCCGUUCCAAAACUUAUCUCUUUUUGGCUUGCCUGUGGUGUGCCAGAGUGGAGAUCAUCUUCCCAUGAUCUGCGGCGAUAGGAUCGCCGAGAGUGUGGACACCGGCGACAGUCGUCGAUCAGAACUCUCGUCAUCUGUUUGACAAACCGCCUCACAAUGUCUCUUCCCAUGGCCGUAUUAACGGGAGCUUUAUAUCUCAGGCAUCGGAGGUUAGUUCGUUUUGAAGACAUCGGUGCAGAAAACGUAAAUUUUGGCAUGUUGCGGCCUCUCGUGUAGAGAAUAACUCCCAGCUGUGAGCUGUCCGAAGCGCAUCGCGCCCGACGUUUUCACGAAUGAAGGCGACAUUUCGAGUUCCAGGCGUAUGCAUAAGUGAAGAAGAAGUGUCGAGAACCGGAACACGGUGUUUAUUGUCCUGAGCUUUCAGACCGUACAGGAGUCCAUCGUCAGAGUCGUAAGACUGGAGGUGCUACACAGGGCUCUGUACGUUGCCACCAGAUCGAUAAAUCUAUUGACCAAGUUCUGAUCCGAGACCCAAGUUUUAAUCAGUCCUCCGCCUGUUUUGUUUCCGGCGUGGGGGGCUUUUUUGGUGGCUUUUGUCGCAGUAAACCGUAGGUUUUUUGGGAUGUUAGAUGCCUACCGGAAAUCAGCAAGGAAGAAGAAUAUAAUUUAUUUGUUAAAUUUUAAGUGAUUCACACUUUGGAUUGGGUAUGACUGGCUGAUGACGGCUAAUAAGCCAUAAAUGACCAUUCCGGCCUCCCUUGUCUUUGUCGGCUCCAUCGCAGUUAAACCUUGAAGCAUUUUGACAUAGAUGCUCACUUGAGCCAACUUUGGGAUGAUUAUUACUCAGAUAAAUUGCUGUACUAGGAUGGAUUUCAUGUGUUUUAGUGAGUGUAGUCUUGCCACGACGAUUGCGGAGAGUAAAAUGUUGUGAUGUUACGAAUAGUAAAUUUUAUAAGUCGUGAACUCCGUAUUUUGAAAGCAUUAGUGCAUAUUGCCGGCUACGUAAUAAGGCAACUUCCAAUUCAGUGUAAAAAGGGCAUAUUUAUUGAAAUGCAUUUUAGCUGUUAAUAUAUAUAUAUAUUGAGGAUGCCACUCUGUUGAAGCUGUCACAAAGGUAUUAUUUACGCACUGACUGCACCAUUUAAUAUUUUUUCCCAUAAUUUCACUCGAAGCACAUUGUGAAAAACUAAGAUUGCCCGCUGAUAGACUACCAUGCUAUAAAUCCAAGCCUGGAAGAUUGAAAAUAUAAACCACUAGCUCAAAUUAAAUCACAGCCUUUUCACUUCGUUUAAUCAAAUGCCCUGAACUCUUGUGCGCAUGCACUUUUUAUCUAUACAAGCCGCUUAUAUGACGCAUCAGCCAAUCUAUUCUGAUUACAGGACAGGAAUAGCUAUUUCCUAUUCGCCUUGUAUCUGGCAUUAUCGGAAAGCGGCCGGCAAAAUUAACUGUCACUCUCUCUCUUACACUUAAGAUAGAUUGAUGAAAGCCACCUCUUGGCCAACUGUUUUGGGAAAUACAUAAUCUGAUAAUCGAUGCGUUCAACGUUUUCAGAAGGCAAAAUAAUAACGAAGCGUUUAAGAUAGCUUGCCAAUUAAACGAGUGAAUUAGACAGAAAAUAACAUCUCACAUUGUUUAAAUCGAACUCAAAAGAAAAAAAGGACUACUAAAGUCUUUACUCUGGGGUUUUAGAACCAGCGAGAUCCCUCUGAACCACCCCGCCGCAGGCAUUCAGCAGACCCGGAUACCGGGGUAAGUGGAGAGGAGGAUGAGGAGGAGGCGGAGGCGGUGGCGGAUGCAAAGAUUUCCCUGCUAACCAGUCUUGCGCAAAUUUCACUCCGCUCCUCACCACCGCCACCGCCCGCGCCAACUCUGCCUAGGGCCCUGCUGCCAGUGAAACCGCAGUCGGAAAGACUCCUUUCAACUGCCAGGGAACAUUUGGCCGACGUCAAGUCGGGCGGUGAUUCGACGACAGACCGAUGUCAGCAUCCGGCCACGCAGGACGACCAGUCCGCCGUCUACCAUAAAUUGCCGUCUGUCAAAUGGAACUACAUUGUGGCCGAUGCAGCCACUACGGAUCGUCUGGGAAAGGCCUACCGCCCCAUUGAGAGACGAGGUGAAAGCGAGGGCGAAGAGGAGGUGGCGGUGAAGAAAGAGGAGGAGGGCAGGGCGAGACCAGAGGACGUGGAGCAGGAGCCGUGCCACGUUGGCUACAACGGCGAUGAGGUAACUGAGCAGUCGGCACAGACGACGCGUGCAGUGGAAGUACACACAGCGGCCGAGCGGCCCUCCUUGCAGAAGCGUGUUUUAUUUUCCAGUCAAGAGGAGAUAUGUGCAGAACCGUCCUACGAGAAUGCAGACCGCAGUGUUAGCAGCGCGAAGGUAACUGCUCAGUCCUCUAUGAAGAUCAAACCCGCAAUCAAAAAGUUCCCCAGGACGGAAAGGCAUCAGAACAGCGCUGGUUGUAAAACCGCUUUUGACGGAGAGGACGCAAGUAAACGAUGCGGGUGA